AUGUCUUCAUCUGCACAACCACACGAGACGCAGGUGAAGCCAACAACAACACACAAGUUGCACAAGGAAGAGGCCUCAAUUGACACCAAAUAUGAAACAGACGACGGUGAUCUCGACCUCGCUAAGAGAUCGCAGUACGACGAAGCUCAAGAGACGAUUGAGUCGUGGAAGAAAUUAGAGUCGGUGUUGGCGCCACUUUUAUUCACAUUGUUGUCAUUUUUCGUUCGAUUUUAUCGUAUUUCCAUCAAUGAUAGUGUUGUUUGGGACGAAGCACAUUUCGGUAAAUUUGGUUCUUAUUACUUGAGACACGAGUUUUAUCAUGAUGUCCAUCCGCCAUUGGGCAAGAUGUUGGUGGGAUUGUCGGGUUAUUUAGCUGGGUAUAAUGGAUCAUGGGAUUUCCCCAGUGGGGAGAAAUACCCCGAAUAUAUCGACUAUACCAAAAUGAGGUUGUUUAAUGCCACUUUUUCCGCAUUGUGUGUGCCUUUUGCUUAUUUUACUAUGAAGGAGAUUGGAUUUUCAGUUUGGACCACGUGGUUAUUCACAUUGAUGGUUACUUUGGAAAGUUCGUAUGUGACCUUGGGUAAAUUUAUUCUUUUGGAUUCAAUGUUGUUGUUUUUCACGGUGUUGACUGUCUUUUGUUUUGCUAGGUUUAACAAUUUCAACAAUAAACAGAAAGAGUUUACUAGGAAAUGGUGGAAAUGGCUCAUGUUGACCGGUGUUUCCAUUGGAUGUGUCUGUUCCGUUAAAAUGGUGGGGUUGUUUGUAACUACAUUGAUUGGAAUUUACACUGUUGUUGACCUUUGGAAUAAGUUGAAUGAUAGAUCAAUCACUUGGGUAAGAUAUGGUUAUCACUGGAUGGCAAGGAUUUUCGGUUUGAUUAUAAUCCCAAUUUCCAUCUUUUUACUUUGUUUUAAAGUUCAUUUUGAUUUGUUGUACAAAUCAGGACCUGGUGAUGCUAAUAUGUCAUCCUUGUUCCAAGCCAAUUUGCUUGGCUCACAAGUUGGUGGAGGCCCAAGAGAAGUUUCGAUUGUCCAUUCAGUUGUCACUUUGAAAAAUCAAGGCUUGACUGGUGGUCUUUUGCAUUCUCAUGUACAAACAUUCCCCGAAGGUUCCAAACAACAACAAGUCACCACUUAUGGACAUAAGGAUUCCAACAAUAAUUGGAUUUUCCAACGUCCAAGAGGUCAACCAAGUUAUGACACUAGUGGCAACAAUACUGAUAUUGAGUACGUUUUUGACGGUAUGCCAAUUAGAAUCAUGCACCCACUGACUGGAAGAAACUUGCACACUCAUGACAUUGCUGCUCCGGUUUCGAAAACCGAAUUGGAAGUAGCAUGUUAUGGUAAUUUAACGAUUGGUGAUGCAAAGGAUAACUGGAUUGUUGAAGUUGCUGACCAAGCAAGUAGUGAAGACAAGAUGAGAUUGCAUCCAUUGACCACCUCAUUCAGAUUAAAGAAUGAAGUUUUGGGCUGUUAUUUAGGAGUUUCUGGCGCUACAUUGCCACAAUGGGGUUUUAGACAAGGUGAGGUUGUUUGCUUUAAAAAUCCAUUCAAAAAGGACAAGAGAACUUGGUGGAAUAUUGAAGAUCAUAGAAACGAAAUUUUGCCUCCAGCACCAGAGGAUUUCAAGAUGCCUAAAACGAGAUUUAUUCGUGACUUCGUUCAAUUAAACUUGGCAAUGAUGGCCACCAACAAUGCGUUAUUGCCUGAUCCAGAUAAGCAAGAUGAUUUGGCUUCAUCGUUCUGGCAAUGGCCAACGUUGAAUGUUGGUAUUAGAAUGUGUGGAUGGGGAGCCGACAAGGCAAAGUAUUUCAUGAUUGGAUCACCCGCAACUACAUGGACAUCAAGUAUCGGGGUUGUCAUUUUCGCAGUCAUCACCCUUUACUAUCUCAUUAGAUGGCAAAGACAAAUUACAGAUUUCCCUAGUGACCAACCAAGCAAGUUGCAAAAAUUCGUCAUGGGUGGUAUUUAUCCAAUGUUUGGUUGGGGUUUACAUUUCAUGCCAUUUGUCAUUAUGGGAAGAGUCACAUACGUGCAUCACUACGUUCCAGCGUUAUACUUUGCCAUGAUUGUGUUUUGUUUUGAAGUUGAAUUGUGGACCCUGAAGUUGAAUCAAAGGACAUCGUCAGCUGUCAGCAAGAUUGUCUAUGUGGCAAUCUACUUGGCGUUGUAUUUUGGAGUUGCGUUUACGUUCUACUACUUGAGGUAUUUCUCGUUUGGUAUGGAAGGUCCAAAGGAGAACUGGAAACACGCCCAAUGGUUACUGUCAUGGAGAAUUGCUGAUGAUAAUUAUCCUUUCAUAUACCACCAAGCAUCAAUAAGGUGGAACUCAAGUGCAUCCACAUCGGCGCAUUCGUCACAACAGGGGCAAAAAACCCUCAAACCAUCGUCAUUUGCAUUCCCCACAGAUCCACCACCACCACCACUGCCAGCAAGAGAAAACAAACCACAAGACAGAAAUGCAGUACCAAAAGAGGAUAUUGAUGAUUUCAAUGCUACGAAGCUAGUCCUUGGCCAAACAGAUAAAGUAAUCGCCAUAGCUGAUCGUGCUGUUGCCAAAUUGAAUUCAAUCAAGCAGGAAAACCCCGAGGAUUCAGCAUUACAGAUCCAAGUUGAAAGUGGCGGAUGUCAUGGAUUCCAAUACAAUUUACAUUUGAUCAACUUGGAUCAAUAUUUAUCGAAAAAUAAGGGUUCAUCUGAUGUGUUUGUGUUUGAACGACUGGGUGCUGCUAUUGUCCUUGAUGAUUCGAGUUUGACAAUCUUGCAAGAACUGAAGUUGGAUUACACGAAGGAGUUGAUUGGUAGCCAGUUUAAGAUUGUUGAUAGUCCUUAUACUUCGACUGCUUGUGGAUGUGGAGCUUCGUUUGAUUUUGAUUUUGAUAAAUUGGAGCAAAAGAAACUGAAGGAAUAG